AUGGUGGAAAAAGAUGAAGCCAAAGACCUCUACGAUGAUAUCCAGCUGACCGGGCUGAAAUAUUUGAAGGAGAAGAAUGUGGCUGUCAGAUGCAUCUGGGGCGCAGUUGUCGUCCUUUUCAUUGCCCUCACCAUUUAUCAGAUUCAGAGUCAGUUAGCAGACUUCCUGGAAUACCCGGUAGUGACCAACAUUGAGGCCGAGUAUCCUGAGAAGAUAUUCUUUCCCGCUAUCGCAAUUUGUAAUAAUAAUCAAUACAGCCUGGGCUACUUGGCGACCGAAGAUAUUCUGGAGCGCUACCCGGAGGAACGCGAUAUCGAGUUUGGCUGGCCGCUUUUUAAGACGAACAAAAACAAUUUCGAAUUUUCGGCGAUCGUUUCUCUGUGGGACAUGCCAGCGGAUAAAUUUCUGAGGGAAGCCCUGCCUCCACUUAAGGCUACUAUCUUAUCUUGCCACCUCCCCAACGGCACCGAGUGCAACCCAAAGAUGUGGAAAUUGAUUUGGACCAUUAAUGGGUUGUGCUGGGCGUUCAACAACGCUAGAGAUGACCGCUUGGUGAUUGAGCAGCCAGGACUCAGCCAAGGGUUGAAGCUCGUGCUCAACGCGGAAAGUUACGACCGUCCAUUGACAUGUGGGGUGCCCGGGAAUAUGCAAGCAGAAAACGGGUUUAAGGUACUCGUCUACAACCAGACCGAGAUUCCCGUCUCGACGGCUAGUGGGAUUAGCGUGGCUCCAGGGCAAUCGACAAAUAUACCCUUGAAAAUUGUACAUCGCACAAAACUUCCUGGGACCGGAUGUCGCGUCCAAACCCAAGAAUCGCUGGACGCAGCUAAUGACUAUUUCAAUGGCAACAAUAUACGAUCCUGCCAUGGUCGAAUCUACCACGAGGAAUUCGAGCGGAGCUGCAACUGCACGUUCCGUCAUUUGUACACCGGACUGGAAGUAAUCCCGGAAGGUGAUAUCUGCGACGUUGAGCAGUACUUUACCUGCAUAUUGUAUGUACAGAAAAAUAUUGCCGCGCUGACGGAAAACCGCACGAAAACGGAAUGCAUACCUACUUGUGAGCAAGUGGAAUUUCUAGCGCAGCAGGACACCAGUGAGCUGCCGAAAAACCUGAUGUCGUCGAUGAUUUUCGAUAAAAGGAUCACCACCAUUCAGCAACGGCUUGUUGGUGUGGGCCCAGACGGCAAGCGCAUCUUCAAGGAGGAGCCCGUCGACUGCGAAAAGUCUGGGUUUCUGACCACCGAACAGGAAUGGGUACCGCAUGGUUGGGACGACGAACGGCUGAACGGGACGCAGGGACGCGCGUUCUUGCUCACGAACUUGUCGGCCGUCGUGAACUGGCGGGAUUUGAAGUCGUUGGAGCUGUUCGAACAAGGCUACGACAACUGGUGGCUGGGAGAGUCGACGAAAGACCAAUUUGCGCUCCUCGUCGAUGCCGUGAAUCUCGACUACUUGUUCGACAACAAAUUCCCAAAACAUUGGCGACAGCCGAUCGACAAAUUGCUGGACGACGCCUGGACGGCUCUUCUCCACGACAUCGAUGCUAUUGGUGACGCGAUGCAGGAAGCCCACAGCAACAACGACAGCCUGUUGACCAACGGCACGCUGGACGAGGUCGCGGCCAAAAACCAGGAUUGCAUUGUGAAGCUGAUCUCGGCUUUCGAUAACCUGAGAGCCGGCCUCGAAUACAAUUAUUUGGAUUAUUUGAAAUCCUUCCACGUCGCCUUCUCCGACCAUCUCAAACGAUACCACAACAAAUUCAAGCUGGACGACGAGUUCAAGAAGCAAAACAUGGCAAUUGUCAACAUCUACAUCAGAUCGAAUACGAUCGAGAAAUGGACUCAGAAGUGGCAAUAUACUUUUUGGAGUUUGGCUUGUGACGUCGGCGGUGCCCUCGGACUGUUCAUUGGGGUCUCCGUAGCCUCACUACUCGAAAUUUUCUACGUCCUCUACAGGCACCUCCAGCAGCGAAAACGCCGAAAGCAAUACGAGAGCAAGCACGAGAUGGAGCUGAAUAAAUUGGAAAAGGAG